AGAAGAAGAAGAAGAAAAAGAAAGAGAGUUUCAAAAACGAAUGGCAUAUGAUGAUGAAAUGGAACAAAGUUUUAUAAACGAACAAGAUUACAGCAUACCAGUUAUUUCUGAAAGAAGAAAAUAUCGUAGAAUAUCACAUAAUGAAGUUGAAAGGAGAAGACGUAACAAUAUCAAUGAUAAUAUCAAGUGUUUAGGACAAUUGUUACCAGAGAAUUUAUGUCAAGGAAAAUUAAAUAAGGGCACCAUUUUAAAAGGCUCUGUUAUUUAUAUUCAUAUGUUAAACGAUCAAUUAUCAGAAUAUAAAGCUAGACUUGAACGUUUAGAAUAUGAAGCUGCCAUUUUGAGUUCAAAAAGUAGUACUCAUUAAUACGUAUGAAUAUAUGUAUAUUUGAUUUACAUUAUUCUACUUUACGUACACACCCAUACACACCCAUACACACCCAUACACACCCAUACACACCCAUACACACCCAUACACA